UGCGCACUCCGAGUUUAGCCAUGCGCCCUGUUUUCUCCGCCGCAGGCCUCGGCCUCCUCCCGCUGUUCCUGCUGGGCCUCGCGCAGGAGAUGAAGACGGAUUGCAACAAAGCUGUGCCAGGCACCAUUUAUGAGUACGGAGCCCUGACCCUCACCGGCGAGGAAUAUGUCCAGUUCACGAAGUACUCGGGCAAGCAUGUCCUCUUCGUCAACGUGGCCACCUAUUGUGGCCUGACCGCCCAGUACCCUGAACUGAAUGCACUGCAGGAGGAGCUGCGAAGUUUGGGUGUUGUUGUAUUGGGCUUUCCUUGUAACCAGUUUGGAAGACAGGAACCAGGAAAGAACUCGGAGAUCCUCUCUGGGCUCAAAUAUGUGCGUCCAGGUGGUGGCUUUGUCCCCAAUUUCCAGCUCUUUGAGAAAGGGGAUGUGAAUGGAGAAAACGAACAGAAGAUCUUCACCUUUCUGAAGAACUCCUGCCCUCCAACCUCUGAACUUUUGGGGUCACCAGGGCUGCUCUUCUGGGAGCCCAUGAAGGUCCACGACAUCCGCUGGAACUUCGAGAAGUUCCUGGUGGGGCCGGACGGAAUCCCUGUCAUGCGCUGGUUCCACAAGGCUCCAGUCAGCACGGUGAAGUCCGACAUCCUCGAGUACCUGAAGCGGCUCCACGCCCAGUAGGGAGGGCAGCCACGGCGGAAGCGGCCCUCCUGCCUCCCCACGCGAGCACAAGUCUAAGCAAGGCCACCUUUGCUCCCCAUGCUUCCUGCCAGUCCAUAUCACCAGAGCCUCUGCAUGUGCGAGCCGCCGACCGGACACAUGUAGGCGUGUGUGUGUGUGUGUGUGUGUGUGUGUGUGUGUGUGUGUGUGUGUUGGAGGAUCGAGGGAACAAAACACCUACGCAAACCUGAUCCCGAGGUACCGAGUUUCUCCCAAUCACCUUUUAGGGUAAUGCAGACCCCCCAGUAUGUCUGAAGAAGCAAGCCUGGAAGUUGUGUGGGUGAACCUCCCCGGACCCGAGCGGAAGGGAGGCAGGGCCCGGCUCUCUGGGGCCUGCCCAGCGCCCCCCGCGGCAGGGCCCUGAGCAGAGCGCAGAGGCCCCUCCUCGGAGGGAGGGCGGCCUGACGGCCCGGCCCGGGGCUCCGGACCCUAGGUGCAUUCGGGUCUCGGCCGGCAGGGAAGUCCCUCCAUUCCGAAUGCCGGCGUUCUCACCGCCUGAGUCCCCGCUCCGAGCCAGUUCCUGCCACCGGCUCUCAGUCGAAGGAAACUUCUACAGCAAGGGGCUCCACACCCGUGCCCGGCACCCGCCCUGCCAGUCAGAGCUCCCCCUUCAUGAGGUCUCUGCUCCCUCACCUCGCCCUGCUCUUCUGUAUUUUGCUUUCCCCCACAGCGCUCUAGAACUUUCCUUGUCACAUCCAAAAGCAGCAGGGUUACCGGUAGCAACAACAAAAAGCAUAACAAAAACUUCUCCUGUUUAGAGGUCAGCCCGGGCCAUUUAUAAUCCAGUCUUCCAGGACAGACUCAGAUUUCAGAAAAUCGGACACUAAGAAGACUGGGUGAGGGAGUAAAGCAGCUAUUUUUCCCGUAACAAAUUGUUUUGACACAGGCGCUUGCACUUUGAGCUUGGCACGUGCGGUGGGGUGUACCCGACAGCAGCGCCUCACGUUGCGGGCUCGCGUCCUGCUGUCUGCCGAACAGACAUGAAGACCACAGACCGCACCAGAAAGUUCCUAAGUGCCAGGCACACGAGACAUAGAACGUACUUAGAUGUUUCGUUUCCUUGAAGUCAGAAUCUAGUAAGGAAGAAUGGGUUUUAGAAAUCUGGCCGCCGCGGCCCGAAACCAGGCUCGAGACCCCACGAGUCCGCCCCGCCGUCGCGGGUGGCGAGAGGAGUUUGACUUGGAGCCCCUUCUCCAUCCUGACCGGUCCCCGGGAGGCUCCAGCUCUGCUAACGGAGGAGGCGCCCCCGGGGACGGGCGGGGACGUGGGCAGGAGCUGCCUGGUGGGAGCCGCCCGGGUCCGGGGGCUGGAGGGAGCUCGAGGGCGCGGGUUCUGAGGGCGGCCGCGACCCCGGGUGCUGCGAACUGCCGGUUUCACCCAGUCGAAUGCACGGGACAGGCCCUUUCCUUCCGCGCCAGCACCGUGAGGCCGGGCGUAGCUGUCCUGGUUCCGCCGGCGGGCCCUUCUGGGUUCCCGUUGUUUUGUGUUGGGCCCUUCUGGUCUUCCCACUGAUCUCCCCAGAUUUACAACAGGACUAUGCUCACCGCUAGAUUCAUUACAACUUGCUCGGGCUCUUUUUGAAAAAAAAAAUAGAUUGGUGGGGUGAUAAUUCAAAUGCAAAAUCCUGCCAAAGCAUAAUGCACCGAACUGCUUCGAUCAAUUUUCACAUUCUUUUUGCAUUAAAAUGUUUGUAAACAGCCAGAAUGUGCUCAGUUUAAAGCACCAAGACCUGUAUGACCCGCCUAGACCCCAACAAUCCCCAGCUAUAACUGAUUCCAUAAACAGGCAAUUCAUGCUCCACUGCUAGCUACAGAGGGACAUCAGCCUCCACGAAGUCUGCCGGGCUGGGCCAGGGAAACGCUCCAACGCUGACCUGCACCCGGGCCCCGUGUUUGCCAUCUUGAAAAGGACACUGCCCAUGCUAAUCCUCUUAAGGAAAGAAUUGGAAGACCCUACUCACGAUAAUUAACCGGAAGCUAAAACACCUGCCCUGAGUACCCCAGACAGGACGGCAUCCUGAGAAACCGUGGGAGACUGCACCACACAUCCACGGAAACCCAACUGCAUCCCGGGGUCUCCAGGACUCCUUUGCGUCUCCCAUUCGUCCAUCCAAUAGUUCAACACACAUUCACUGCCUAUCUCUUAUGUGCCAGGCAUAUUUCCAAAGGCAGGAGACACAGCAGGGAGCAAAGCUAGCAAAAACCACUGUUGUAGUGAACCUUACUUUACAAUAAAUAAAUAAAAGAAGAAAGAAAGGAAUGUGUGCAAUAAGUAAAUUUACCAGAUCCUGAUGAACUCUGUGAAGAAAAAUAAAGCAAGGAAAGAGUAAAGGGAGCAUACA